AAAUCAUGGCCCCCGGGAGUAGGUUGGGGCCACUAUAGGGAUCAAAGUUUUACAUGUGAAUAUAUAUAUAGGAAAAAUCUUUAAAUCUGAGCCAAGGUGACUCAGGUGAGCGAUGUGGCCCAUGGGCCUCUUGUUAUAUUUUAAAGCUAAAGAUAGAUCGUCAAGUGACAAUGUGGAGAUGUGCAUAUUACAAGGGGAAUGCUGCACUACUAUUUUUGAAGGAGUUAGGGCCCUUGGACUAAUUUUUAUUUUUAUUCAAAAUACUUUGUCUUUGCAACUUCCAGUGUUUCCGUUAACACAAAUUUCUGUGUAAUUUGUGCAUAAAAAAUAUUUUUACCCCCAAAAACAUCACCUCCGUGGCCGAGUCGUUGGAGCAUCGCACUCAAAAUCACACGACCUCUCACCUCUGGUCGGCGCGGGUUAGAAUCCCGCUUGCGCCGGUAAGUGAGAAAGUUUCCCAGUUUACUUUCGUAAGGUCAGUGGUCUAUUCCCAGGUGCAUUGUAUCUGGGUUUUCUCUUCCACCAACAAAAACUGGGCGCCACCAGAUAACUGACAGAUUUUUGAAUGUGGCGGAAGACAUCCAAAACAAUCAAAAUAAUGAAUUUUAGAUUUACCAAAUAAAACACUGGCCGACAAAUCAAGAAAACAAUCCUGCAGAUGAUCAGGAUGCAUAUGAUCACGAACACAGGAGUUGGCAGUUUCAUCAGUAAAGGUCUACAACGUAAGCAACAACUUACCGAGCGGUCUCGAAGAACUGCCCGCUGCUGUGAUCAUUACAGCGGCAUGAAAUGCACAAAAAAGUCCAUGUUAUACAAAGACUAUACCUUCUAACAUUGAUCAGAUAUAUAUACAUGAUGAUGUAUAAGGUGUCGUAGAGACAUAUGAUAUGAUGACAUGCAACCUAUAGAACCUUCAAAGUAAAUCUAUAAAUCAUGAAGUUAUUCAUUUCAUAUGCAUUGAACCAAUAUUUAAUUCAUUUUAUGAACAACUACUGUAGUAUACCCUAAACAGUGUAGAUCAAAGUCAAAUGUUUUAAAUUAACAUUUCUUUUAAGUUUGACUCUCAAAAAAUUAAUCGAUGAUCGGAUUAAUCGGAUGUACCUACCUUUUCUAUUGAUUAAUCGAAAAAUAAUUGAAUUUUAAUGAUUUCAAAUUUAUGGCAUAAAUAUAUGAAAUUUACUUUAUGUUUAACCCUAAAUAUUAAGUUAAUUAGAAUAAAAUCAUUAGAUUGAUUGUAUCUUGUUUAACGUCUCUCUCGAGAAUUUUUCACUCAUAUGGAGACGUCCAAAAUCAUAAUUAGAACUUUGAAGUUAAUCCCAUACUUUCGAUUUUAUUUUCCCGGGAUAGAGAUAGAUCUCUCGACUUUUGUUGUUCUUAUGGGAUCCCAGUUAGAAUAGAGCCUCAUUACCCCUUGCUUGUUGGAAGAGGCAAAAUCCGAAGCCCCGUGUCACAACAGGUGUGGCACGAUAAUGAUCCCUCCCUGUUGAAAGAUUGUAAGCACAGAGCAUAGGCCUAAAUUUUGCAGGCCUUUACCGACAAUGGUGACGUCUCCAUGUGAGUGAGAGAUUCUCGAGAAAAUCGUCAAACAAUAUUCAAUCUUAUUGGAUGAUUCAGCUUCGUCAGCCAUUUUGGAUUUUAGAUAAGUAGCGUUAGGAAUAUUCAUAUUAUUAAAAAAAAAAAAACCGAUGUCUGCGAUUUUCGAUUUCAAAAUGACAAUCGAUUAUUCACGUCAUUUCAGUUAUAGCGACCGACAAUUGAAAGUUGGCGACAAUCGGUACAUCACUAGUCAUAACUUCUAAAUGGUAAAUAUUAAAACUUUCAUAUUGCACAUGAGCAUUUCUGGUGACAAUAUCUUUCUACUGGUACCAAGAUAUUUGUCCUUGUGACCUUGGCCAUCUUCGGAAUUGGCCAUUAUCGGGGGCAUUUGUGUUUCACAACACAUCUUGUUUAAAGGAGUUGUGGCCCUUGGACUUAUUUUUUUCUAUUCAAAAUACUUUGUCUUCACAACUUCUCCUAAACCCUUUGGGGGAUUUCAAUGAAAAUUGGUACAAAGGAAAAUCACAAUGUGUAGAUGUGCAUAUUACAAGCAGGGUUCCAACUUCGACUGAAUACUUUAGGGGCCAAGUGGGCCCCUGAAUAAGAAAUCCUGUUAGCCCACAUGGAAUUUUAGUAGCCCACACAUAUCAUGAAAUUGAAUAACAUGUUUUUUUUUACAAGAAAAAAGAAACAUCAGAUCACAUUGCAAUUUAUUUAAAAAUUAAAUAUCAAUAUUUAAAUUCUGUUUCCUUCUCCGUUAUUCUUUCAAAUACCUCUCCCAUUUCCACUCUCAUUUCGUCAACCUAGCAAAAAUAUCAGAGUUCAUGGACUUUAUGAUCUUUGCGGCGUCCGACUUUAACGCACGUUUCUUCAGACUUUUUAUGUUAUUUCUCAGCUUUACAAUGCCAUCAAGUUUAUAACUUGGGUAAGCUGUCACAACCAUUGGACCUUUCGUAUCAUGUUUUGUACACACAGCACGUCAUCCCUUUUUCGCCGUCAUUGAGCCAUAUUCUCCCCUUCUUUCCACUUUGGUUAAAAGCACACGCUUUCUUUCGUUUGAAGUAACCCUUGCGUUGUUCAACUUCUGGUUUAAAUACAUUUUGGAAGGUUUGAUACCCCAGGAAUGUCUCGCCAAGUGGCAAAACCUCAACCGGAAAUUGAAAUUCAAUUAUAAUACGACUUGGAUCGGUUGGAAAGAAAAAUGUUGAUCGGACAAUUACGGUCGCCAUGUGGGCGACGAGAAUGGAAAUUUUGGGUGCCCACAAGCAAAGUUUAGACGCCAAUGCGAGUGGGCGAGCGGUAAUUUGGAACCCUGUACAAGGGGAAUACUGUCCCACUAUUUUUGAAGGAGUUACAGCUAGGGGUGAAACGAUACAGUACCUUCUUUAUUCGAUUCGAUGAUUUUCGAUUCGAUACAAUAGCAUGUACCAAAUUCUUAAUAAUGCUAAUAUUUUCUUAUGUUUUGUUGUAUUUAUUGAUCUCUGCAAAUAAAUUCUACAUAAUGUAAAAACAUUUAACGUAGAGCAACAAUCUUAUUACUUGUCCUAAAGCCGAAAUGUCGCCAUACCCAGGAUUUAUACAUUGGGGGUGCAUUUUUCAACUCGACUGCGUCCAUUUUGAUACAGCAAAGUUUACUCGUAUGUUGAUUGGGCAAUUUUCAAUUCCAUUGGCUAAUCAGAAACCGUGUUAUCAAGAGCAAUGUGUGCUAUAAUUUUAGAACCAUAUUGAACCGAAACAGACCCCGAAUAAAUCGAACAUCAAAUCGAGACCACUACAUCGCGAUUCGGCCGCAUCGCGAUGCAUCGUUUCACCCUAGUUACAGCCCUUGGACUUAGAUUUGUUUAAUGCAAAAUACAUUGUUAUUGCAAUUCCGACGUAAUUCUUUUGUGGAUAAUCCUUACUUUUUUGUUAAAAUUCCUGGGUCAAUAAUGUAUGUGGGCAUAGCAUGCACCGGUGUAGUGGUGUCCUAUUUUUAUGCGAUUUCGAAAGUUCUCAGUUUUACAAUGCUGUCAAGUUUAUAACUCAGGCAAGCUGUCAUAAUGAUUGGACCUUUAAUGUAAUGUUUUGUACACACAUCACAUGCCAUCCCCUUUUCGCCAUCAUCAGGCCAUAUUCCCCCCCCCCCCCCUUCUUUCCACUUUGGUAAAAACAGACGAUUUCUUUUCGUUUGAAGUAAUCCUUGCGUUGUUCAACUUCUUCUGGUUUACGCUUUGGAAGGUUUGAUACCCCAGGAAUGUCUUGCAAAGUGGCAAAAUUUCAACCAGAAAUUGAACUACGUUUAUAUUAGGACUCAGAAUGGUCGAAAAGAAAAAUGUUGAUCAGACAAUUAUGGUCGCCAAGUGGGCGACGAGAACGAAAAUUUUGGUGCCCACAAGCAUAGUAUAGUUGCCAAUGUGAGUGGGCGAGCGGUAAUUUGGAUCCCUGCAUGUAACAUUUCUAUUAGCAGUGCUCCAAGUUGCAAGUAAAACGGUCGCAUUUGCGACCAGAAAACCGAUUUUGCGACUAGAGAUUAUAUCUAAGUUGCAUUUUUGCGAGUGGAAAAAUAUUAAGGAUCCAGUAAAAUUUUGUAAUCGGGAUCGGAAGUCUAAAUAACUAUUUUUCAGUCUCAGUCAAAACAGCGUUUGAAAGCAAUCAAGAUGGCGGUAAAACGAGGGUUAAAGCACUUUGGAUUUAUCAGUAGUAAAAAUUGAACAUGUAAGUACAUGUAACAGAGAAAUUCAGGAAUCACACGGAGAAAGUUCUGCAUUUAAAGAUGACGUAGCUGCGUCUAAAGAAAAAUGCAAAAGUAAAGGAAGUACCCCAGUCUUAAUGGCUGAAGGAAUUUUCGUGGUUGAUAUACAGAGAUUGCAAAAUGUAUUGCAGAAUUUGUGAGGCUAAUCAGCCAGCAACUUCCACCAUUUCUGGACACCCAUUGUCCGAUUUCACCACGACCUGGUGUACAUCUUUCAAAUGUGGAAGUGUGACUAUUCACGGUAACAGUAAGAUACAUGUCUUUGUCCGUGACUGCAUUAUUAGCAGUAAGUCAAGCGGGGCAACUGUUGCUACUAAUUUUCACAGACAAUUUCAAACUUGGGAUGUAGUGUUCUUAUUGAUGCUGAUACUGAUUGUUCAGCAAAAGAUCCAACAAAAGUAGAAGCCCUUAUUCUCAUAAGCAGUGAAGGCCCACUUAUUGAGGACUUAAAAGCAAAUCCUUGUGUGGAACGCUGGGUUUUCUUCCCCAGAAGCAUACUGUAAAAUAUACAGGAUGGCCCAAUGCAAUACAACUUUUGCCAGAGUAAUUUACUUGACUUGUUAGCAUCCAGCAUGUUUCACAGCACAUUUCUAUUCAGUUUAAAAAUCAAACAAACAAAACACAUAAAUGGGUGUAGAUUUUUUUCUUGAAAGAUAUUCAAAUUAAAAAUAAACUUGUAGGUCUUAUUUACAAAAUCUUUUACCAUGGCGAGUAAAAAUGUUGAAAAUGGCGACCAGAAAUAUUUCUAGGUCGCCAUUUUGCGACCUGAUAGCAGAUGUGACUUGGAGCACUGAUUAGUGCUGGGGUGAAAUCAACAUCGUAGAUAAUGACAGAUUAGCAAAGCAUAUCUUAUUAUCAUAGGCAAAAUAUUCAAAUUCAAGAAAAUUUAUGAGGUUUCAAUAUCUUUUAAUUCAAAACUUUGUUUUUAAAAGUAGGGACGGAGAAGGGAAAAAAUGACAACUGGCAGUCUUCACGAAAACUCAGUGGUCCGAAGACCGAGGCCAGUGAAUUUUAUGGUCGGGUCAGUGAAAAUUAAAAAUCCGAAAGUCCAAUGGACUUAUAGACUUUUUGUAAAUCACAUUAAAUAUGAUGUUGGAUUUAGAUAUUCUAAACGUCUUAUUUGCUUAAAUUUACCAUCAAAAUAAAAAUAAAUAAAAAAAAUAGCACAUAAAGUAAGUGUUUGGACAUCAUGGUUUGUUUAUUUCGUAAAAAACGAUAACUAUAAUUGUAAUUGUCAAGAUAACGUUUAAACGAACAACUUGUUGAAACAACAAAAAUGGCCGCGUUCUGUAUCGCACCGCACACCAGCAAUUGCUGCUUUAUUGCAUGGUCCAAUUAAAAUGAACAUCGUCAAUUGCAGUUAUCUCUGAUUUUAUGCAAUUUCUAUAGUUUGUAGAAUUAAUCAAUCGUUUACAUUUCAUGUUAGUAGAGAAGGCUACUUCUUAAGGUGCACUCGGGCUGUUUGUGAAAAAUAUGUGCAUUUGUAGUCUUGUUGUUUGCGGGCGAAGAGAGAGAAAAUACCGUGUACGGUGUUGUUUUUCUGUUAUCGACAGAAAGGAUGUCUUAGGGUGGAUAUGAAUACGAGUAAUAACCAUAGUUCCAGUAAAUUAAUUGUACAAUUUGACAAUGCAUUCCAUAAUGUAUGUGAUAAACAUAUGAAAAUUUAGGGGGCCAGUAUAUUUCACUGUGGGCCAGUAAAUUCAGACAGUUCACUGGUCCGACUGGCCUGCAAGUUUUUAAUGUUUUCGUGAAGACUGAACUGGUUCUUAUUUUUUCAUCAGACACUUGUUCCUGUAUCCAGAUUUUUUUCUAUAGACCCAAUCCGAAUUGUACUGGAAAAAAUUGACAGUCAAGUGACUUUCGCAUAGACUGUAAAUUACAGGCUGUAAAUGAUGCUUGAGAAUUAAGGAAUUACAUGUAGAACAGUGGGCACUAAAGCUGGUGCUGUUUUUACUGGAACUUGUAAUUUUUCUGGAUCCCAAAUUCCAACCAUCAUAACCUAAUCAAAGCUUUCAUCACCGCUCAUUUGUAAUUAAAGUCUAACUGUAUUUUUAGGACAUUUCAGAGAUAUAUGACUUACCUGUAUCCGAUUUAUUUCUAAUGUCGGAAUCUUUAGUUCAACUAACAAGUCAAUAAAAAAAAAUGUGACCUUAAUUUUUCGGUUGAUGAAAAGAGUGCAGCUAAUUGCAAUGAACACAUCUGAGUGGGGGUGCCCAGUUGACUUGCUUGGCCAAAUCUGUCAGUCGGCCAGAUCUAUAGUAUAAUUGUCUUUUAUUUGAUUGACAAGGGGUAUGUUUUUAUCUGAAUCCAGAUAAAUUUCAAGGGAGGUGGCUUAAAAUGUGGUCUUUAAAUGCUUAAGAAAUCUUCUUUUCUACCGUUAAAUGAAAGAUGAAUACACAUUUAGAGUAGAGGAUACAGCUGCCUACCAAAAUUACAGAUAUAAUAAUUCAUCGUGGGGUUGGGAGGGGGGGGGGGGGGGGCAAAUGAAUAAGGGCUUUCCUUCUAUUGUAAUUGAAUUGGAAUUGUAUGCAUAUUUAGAAAGAUCAUAAAGCUUUGCACAAAAGACUCCAGAAUGAGGCUAAUACCACCUUCACACUCACAGAUUUUUCUUACGAGUCCUUGCGGAUCUCGGACUUGUAGUUAAUAAUAAUAAUAACUAGACGCUCAUUACUAGUAAUGAGUAGGUCUUCCAUUUGAACACGUCCGGUACACAGCUUUCUGUUCUUACAAGAAUCAUUCAAAUAUAUUAGAGAAUGUGCCUUUUCAAGACAUGAGAGGUGUGUUAAUGAAGUUUUCACCCAUUUCUCGUAACUUCCGAUGACGGCCGGAAGUAAUAUUCAGAUGUGUUUUCCCAUAAACCACAGCGACUCUCUUUUGUCUAUAUUCCCUGAAAGUUUCACGUCUCUAUUUGAAAGAGUUCUCAAGAAAAAGAAGCAAACUAAAGAAAGAAAAAGUAGUGGCUUACUACCGACCGGCAGUGAAUUUUGAAAAACAAAAUUGUCUUAAAUCUAGGUGUUGAUACUGUUUUUAAGAUAUUUGAAAAUCAUAUCAAACACUUGAAAUAUAAACGAGAUUUAUGGGGAACACAAAGACGAAAGGUAUCGGAGUAUUUUAUCGAGAAACCGGAAGUAGCCGUUUUGACUACCGACGGGGUCAACAUUCUUUGAAUACUUUGAAAGAGACUUAAUAAACUAGUGUAGGUUUCAAUUUAAAAGAAAAAGUUUGAAAUUAGUGAUUCUUUCAAUCACUUCUGGUUACGGCCGGAAGUGAUAAUGAAAAACAAAUUAAUGUGCAUGCACUAUACAAUCGAGAGAUCUAUAAUACCUGAAAGUUUCAUUUGUUCCUCUUUAGUCGUUUUUGAGAUUACCUCCGGACAAGAUGAUUUUUUGAAAAAUGGAAAUCGGACAUAUCUUACGAACGGAAGUAGAUUUUGUAAAAAUGAAAGAUCGUGUCUAAGGGUACUACAAUUCUCUAUCAUCUUCAUAAUUGGCAAGAAAAUCCAUUGAGCCAUCUCUGAGAAAUCGUGUUGAAAAUAUUUGAAUAUAGUAAAUUUUUCAAUAAUGCCUGUAAACUCAGGAAAGUUGGGCCCAAGGGGGCCUGAAUGUUCCAACUGUUGUGCAUAGAUGUGGCGACAUAGAAAUUGUGUGUUGCCUCAGAUGUGACCAGUGUAGACAUUUGUGUAUUGCCUGACUUGUGUGUAAUAAAUAGAGAUCUAUAAUAAACACCUGGUCAUUAAUUGUGAUUGAUAGGUCUAUACUGCAUUAUUCUACAAGCACACACCAGACACAUAAUCUGAUGACCUGCACAGGUGGAGCAAUAGCCCCAAGUUCUGAAAAUUGCUGUACAUUAUAGUGUUAAUUGUCACUAAAGGUUGCACAUCGUUGACAAUCGUUAACUAAAUGAAUGCAAGUGAUUGUUGUUGAUGUACACAUUUUUAUCCCAUUCCGCAGAGCCAAAGAGGACUACCAGUUUGUACUCUGUCAGUCCAUCUGUCCACUAUCCUCACAAUCUCUUGUCAGUCCAUCUCUGUCUCUGUCCACUUUCCUCACAAUGCCUUAAAGUAAUUCCACCCUUGUGUGAUGCCAUAAGAUUUUGUGAAAUCAGUGAUUUAUUUAGAUUUGUGCAUUAUAGGAACAUAAAUUUUGUUGGGGUGUUUUCUGAUAGUUAUUGUUUAAAAAAAAGUCUUGAUAUUACAUGUUAAAAAUAUUUCGGAAGUAUGAAUAAUCAAUGAUGUUUCAAAAUAUUGAAUCCAAGGGCAAUAACUCAAUUUUCAUUGAUUUCUAUAUUAAGUGAAUAGAUUUCCAUUAUUUUUCACAGACAUUUUGUAUAUUUUUGUAAAGAAACAGUUUCAUGAAAUUUAUGAAUGCUAUUAUAUCUUAUUAUACUUUCGGUCGAGUCUGAUUGGUUGAGAAACAUUUGAAAAAAACAAUGUUACCCUCUUCAGAUCGACAGAUCAGCAGUCAACAUGUUAACCGAGCUAGGCAAUCAAACUGAAAAGGAAUAUACUAAUAUUGCUGAUAUUUAUAUUUUCAUUCAUGUUUUUAAAGGAAGUUGGCUAUUUUGAUGAUGUAGUAUACCUCCUUAAGUUCGAUACGAUUCGCCACACAGGUCAGACCAAUCAUUAUUGUUUCUGAUGCUAGUGCAUUGGAAUCAUUAUCUGGAAUUUUAUUUAGGUAAUGUGACCAUUUGUACUUGAAUUUGGGUGGUAGGUGAGUUUGGCAAUGUCAGGUUUUUAGCAUGUAUGGAAAUCAGUUUUACAUUUAAGAAAUUAAUUUCAUUUUUGAAAAUACAUGAGGGGAACUGCAAUGAUUCAUGCUGGCAUGCUUCAUGAAGUGUAUUUAUGUGUUAAUUCCCAGCUGAUUAAAUAAAUGUACUAUAUUUAUUAAGAUUCAUACACAUAUUGUUUACAACUGCAUCACAUUCAUGAAGAAAUGUUUAUCAUUACAAUUUAUUAAUAUAAGAAAGCCAAAAACAUUGAAAAUAUAAAUAUGAUUGGGGGUUUGUGGAGAUGGUGAUAUAAUGGGUGGUGAUACACUGAGGUGACUGUGUACAUGUACAUUACAAAUUCACUACCCCCAACUCAGUUUUAAUUAAAUAAUAAGGUCAGACAGAGUGCAAUGGGAUGAUAAUGACAUGUCAUGCAACAUUGUUAAAUAGAUAAUGCUGUGAAGUGUACAACAUAUUGUACAGGAUAUAAUCAUAUUCUUUUAUUUCAUAAUGGGAAUGCUUAAUUGAUUUUCAAAAAUGAAUAUCUAAUAUUCAUUUUAAAGAUUGAUUACUGGAGUAUGAUCUUUUGAUUAUUUCUGUUACCGAAUAUCGAUCAUAUAGUACGUGUUCUGAUUUUCCAUCACUACAAUGCAGCUUUGACACCUGCUUAAAAUUUUUAUUGCAAAACUAUAAUUAUUUUGAACUUGUUAUUGCUUUGUAUGUGUAUGAAUAUUGCAAAAAUAUCUGUCAGCAAUAUACAGAAAUUGUCAUCUGAUACAACCUAUUCUGAUUGAUUGACGUGUUGGACAUUUAAUUUACAGUUCCUAAAGAGGCCAGGUCUUCUUAUCAUUAUACCUAUCUUAUGAUAGCUCUUGAUUAAAUCUGAUUAUGUUAGUCCAGGAUAUUUAACAGUAGACUCCCUUGAAAAGACUCUUUUUAUACGUCCUAAUAUUGGCAGUUCGCAACAUGAAAGGCUUGAAUAAUUCAUAAUCCAGGAUAAAUACCUACUUCAAGAAUUUACACAUGGACAAUUGGACAGUUUUUUUUAAAGCAACAGCAUGAAAACAUUUAAAGGAGGAUUUUUGUAAUCUUGUCGGUUCUGUCAUUUCUUUAAGGUGUUUGUGUGUGUGUGUAUUAAAACUGAGUAGUGUCUGAUCUCAGAGAGAUGUGUUGUGUGGAUUGUUCCUACUUGUGUUUCUAGUUUUUCAUGUUUUAUACAGCUGAGUUGUGGACUUGACAGUGGGCCCAAUUGUACAGUCAGAAUGUAGAGAAGAUUGAUAAAACAAGGCAGCCUUGCUAUUUCUUGAGUCCCGGAGAUUACAAUUCUGUAGAUGUACAGAUCACUGUUUUUGUUUAUUCUAGGAUUUGAUUAUACAUAUCAGUGUGAUUUGGUGUCAUUUGAAAAAAAGAAAGUUAAACCACAAUUUAUUGAUGCAUUAAGGAAGUGAUUCAUUAACCAUUUUUGGUGACACGAGUGCAUGUGUACAUUGAAUUAUAUCAGUCAGUAUGGGCUGUGUUUUGUCUGAGGAACAGAAACAAGCAGUAGAGGCUGCCAAAGUCUCCAAACAGAUCAACAAAAGCAUUCAGGAAGAUUACAAACGCUCACUUAAGGAGGUUAAGUUUUUAUUAUUGGGGGCUGGAGAGUCGGGGAAGAGCACAAUUGUCAAACAGAUGAAGAUCAUCCAUGAAAAGGGAUAUUCACAAGAAGAAUGCCUACAAUACAAGCCAGUAGUUUACAGCAACACAAUUCAAUCCAUGAUUGCCAUCAUCCGAGCCAUGGGACAGCUCAAAAUCGAGUUUGGAUAUCCUGAAAGAGCAGAUGAUGCCAGGAGACUGUUUUCUAUGACUGGUAAUGCUGAGGAGGGGGAUUUGUCACCUGAACUGGCAGCUCUUAUGAAAAGGCUAUGGAAAGACUCAGGAGUGCAGGGCUGUUUUGGUCGCUCCAGAGAAUACCAACUCAAUGACUCAGCAGAAUACUAUCUUAAUUCACUGGACAGGAUAUCACAACCUUCAUAUGUACCCACAGAGCAGGAUGUCCUCAGGACAAGAGUGAAAACUACAGGCAUUGUGGAGACUCAUUUCACAUUCAAAGACCUGCACUUCAAAAUGUUUGAUGUUGGAGGUCAGAGAUCAGAAAGGAAAAAGUGGAUUCACUGUUUUGAGGGUGUGACUGCUAUUAUAUUUAUUGUGGCCAUGAGCGAAUAUGACUUAACACUUGUGGAGGAUCAAGAAAUGAACCGAAUGAUGGAGAGUAUGAAGCUGUUUGACUCAAUAUGUAACAACAAAUGGUUCACAGACACAUCCAUUAUCCUCUUCCUAAACAAGAAAGACUUGUUUGAAGAAAAGAUCAAGAAGUCACCACUUACCAUCUGUUUCCCAGAGUUUCAGGGCGAUAAUAAUUUUGAGCAAGCUGCAGCAUACAUUCAAUUGCAGUUUGAAAAUCUGAACAAACGAAAAGACACAAAGGAAAUUUAUACCCAUUUCACAUGUGCCACUGAUACAAAUAAUGUGCAGUUUGUGUUUGAUGCAGUCACAGAUGUCAUUAUCAAGAAUAAUCUCAAAGACUGUGGUCUCUUUUAAUCAGGAAUCAACUUGUGUUUAAGGGGACGUAACCAAGUGAGAGAUUGAAAAAUUGAUCAAAUCACUGAAAUCCUCCGUCAUCAUUGUGACAAUCUCUCUGUUUUGUAACUCUGGCUGUCCAGUGGUCUUUGUGAUCUGUAGUGACCCUGUAAUACUGACCAGACUAGAAGGAAAAGUGACAACAGGAUCAGUGUGUUGUUUCUUAUAAAAGAGACUACACUUGACACAGAUAGCAAUCAAUUUCUCGUAUUUCAUAAUGGCAUGCAACUGUAUACAGAAUGGUUGUUGGAGUUAUUUUCAUUAAAGCUGUUGGGAUUAAUUUCAUUUAAUCACUUACACUUUUGUAUUUUUUGAUUGGAAUUGUGUUAUGACCUAUAUUGACAUAUAUCUCAAGGGUUUUAGGAAAUAUUAGAAUCAAAAUUUUAACUUGAAUUAAGAAAACAUUUCGCAGUUCCAUGGUUUGCUAUUCUGAGGUCCCAAUGGUCACAAACUGUAUUAACUGUCAUAUAAUGAUGAUUUGACAAAUUUUACUUCUUUUUGCAUCUGACAAUAAACCCAAUGCUGUAAAUAAUGAUUAAAUAUUAUUAUUGCUUGCCUUUUGUAUGGGAUGGGCAUUGUAUGUUAUUGAUACAAAUAAGAAUCUUUUUCACUGUUCCUUAGAAUGUUGUAUAUUAAUUGGAGAUUUCAAUUUGCUUUACUUUCUGAUUUCUGAUCAUUUGGCUGAUGCUUACUAUUAGCCUGAACAAGAGAGCCAGUAACAAUGCCAAGUGUACACAACCCACCGCAAUAAACUACAGUACCACCGUCAUAGUAAAGCAAUGCUCAACAGCAAUUGCAAGAUUUUGUAAUUUAUGUUUAUUACCAUAUUUCAUUAGGGGGGGGGGGGGGGGGGCUGAUAUUAUCAGUAUUGAAAUUAUAAAUGCAAUGAAUACAUCUAGAGUUUGGAAUCUGUUUUUGCCAAAAUAUUUUGAUAGUCUAAAUUUUUGUGAAUUUCUUUCUUGGCUUUCUGACUUCAGUUUUCAAAUAAAGUAUGAAUCUUUAUUCUAUUUCAGCUUACACACAGUGGGGUUUUUUUUUUUACUAUCUUUUCAGUCAUGUUUGUAAUGGAAUAUUAGAGGAACAAAUGACUCAAUAUUUUAUUUUUUUACCAACAAUGGAAAAAAACCAGGUAUCUAUUUUUUUAUGCACUUGUUAAUUUUUACCUGAGUUUCACAUAAUUUCAUUAAUGUCAUCGUAUUCAUGGUUUUGUGAUAUUGCCGUAUCUGAGUAUAAAACUUCAGCACAUUAUUUCUUGGUGCAAUAGUUUAUUAAAUGAUAAAUUUGCUUGUGGGAUCAAUGAAGAAGUAAUAUUUGGUAUGAUUAAUUAAGGAGUAAUAUUUGGUAUGUGAAUAAAGAUAUUUCUGUCAUAUUACUACAGAUUCAAUUUGAGUAAGGUCUUUUUUUCUUUUGACAUGAAUUAUGAUCAUUACAUGAAUUAUUUCUUUAUCAGCAGGACGUAUGUGUCUGUAUUUGUAGAAUUAAAGCUCUUGAAUUUA